AUGGACUGGAAGGGGAAGCAACCGGCAGGGACGGCAACAGAGGGAGCGGCGAGAGGCAAUGGUAAGGGUUCUGGCGCCUGGACGAGGCCGGGGCCAUGGGUGACUCAAUGGCCCACGGCCGCGGAGGUGGAGCGGCUGAGCCGCUGCUUCCCAGAGGUGUUGGUUCUUCCGGAGGAGCCGAUUGAGGCGGCUCGGCUCGAGUGGGAAGGGCAGGCGGCGGUGGUCCGUAGCUUCAGCCACCGUGUCCCAGCCGAGUGGGUGGCGAAAGAUGUCGCCGCUCAGUCUAAGAUGAAGGAGGUGGUGGCCGUCCCGCUCGCGGGCGGCUACCUUGCCCUGAGGUUCCGGUCGACGGAGGACCAGGACCGGGCACUAAGUGAGGGCCCGUGGGUGGUGGCCGGGCAACUCCUAGCCAUGACCCCAUGGGUUCCCGAUUUCGAACCCGGGGAGGAGGCCGUGCAGACGGCAAUGGUGUGGCUCCGCCUGCCUCGUCUGCCGCCGGAAUAUUGGUCGACGUCGACCACCCUCCACAUCGCCGCUCGGGCGGGCCAGCCGGUCACUGUGGACGGCGUCACAAAGCAGCGGCAGGCGAUGGGGUUCGCCCGGGUGAAGGUGGCGGUCGACACCACCAAGCCCUUGUUACCGGGCGUGUUGAUCCAGGGGAAGACGAAGGUGAGAUGGCAGCCCUUCGUCUUCGAAAAUGCCCCGGCUUUGUGCUCCCGGUGUGGGCAGAUGGGUCACCAGGCAGCGGCUUGCCGCUUUCCGGCAACCACUAGCGCCGAGGGGGGUUCGGCUUCGGCUUCGGCUUCAGUUGAGGUGAACCCGGGGGGCGGGCCGGCUUAA